AUGAAAAAGGAAGGUUCAGAAAAAGUAUUGGAAAUUGAAUUGACUGAGUAUCAAUUAAUUAAUACUAGCAAAGAGUUGCCCUUUGACAUUCAUGAUAAUGUUAAAGAGGAUACUAAAUACCGCUACCGCUAUUUAGAUUUACGCAACCCUAGUAGUAAAAAACUGCUGCUUAUUAAAAAUCAAUUUUGCUACGAAUUAAGAAAGUUUUUUCAUGACCGGGAAUUUGUGGAUAUUGAAACUCCAAUUUUGGCUAAUAGUUCUCCCGAAGGUGCUAAAUGUUUUGUGGUUCCUGCUAAUUUAAAAAAUCGUUAUUAUACCUUGCCCCAAUCCGCCCAAAUAUUUAAGCAGUUAUUAAUGGUGAGCGGUUUUGAUAAAUACUAUCAAAUUGCUAAAAGUUUUCGUAAUGAGGAUGCUCGUAGUAAUCGCCAAAUAGAAUUUUCACAAUUAGAAUUAGAGAUGAGUUUUAUUACUUCUCAGCAAAUUAGACAACUAAUAGAAAAAAUGCUAGAAACUAUUUUAAAAAAUGUUUUUGAGACAAAAAAAUAUGAAAGUAUACGCCAUCCUUUUACUAUUCCUCAGGAAAAAUAUAUUAAACCAUUUUUAAAUAAUGAAAUUAAGCCAGAGGAAAUAAUUUGUGAUGCUUUUGAUUUGAUUUGUAAUGGGGAGGAAAUAUUAAGUGGAAGUCUGCGGAUUUAUACUCGCGAAUUACAAGAAAAAGUUUUAGAAGUUUUGGGUUAUAGCCAGGAGGAGAGAGAAGAGCAUUUCGGCUAUUUUUUACAAGCAUUAGGAUUUGCGGCACCACCCCACGGAGGAGUUGGCUUAGGCAUUGACCGUUUAUUGUCUGUAAUGUUAAAUACUAAUAAUUUAAAGGAACUAAUUGCCUUUCCCAAAAAUAUUGACGGCACUUGUUCGCUGACCGGAGCACCUAAUUUGAUUAAGAAAUCGGAUUAA